CCACAGGCGGCAGCGAGUGACGGAGCGCACGGGAGGACGCUCGGCGAGCAGCUCUGGGCCCGGCCGCAGUCUCGGUGAGCGGCGGAGGUGGCCGGCACCCGGGGCGCGCUGCCGGGACGCCUCGCGGCGGACGUGAGCACCGGAUCUCACUAUGUUGUUCAGGCUGACCGUGAACUCACCAUGUAGCCCAGCCCAUGCUGGCCUUGAACUCCGAUCCUCCUGCCUCAGCCUCUUGAGUGCUGGGAUUACAGAUUUGAGAUGUGAUAGAUUGGUCUAAGAUGGCCGGGUUUUUAUCUCAAUAAGUUACUGAAGCCAUCCCAGAAAGUGGCCACCAGGCUUCUGGAAGGCUCAGAGCCUGGGCUGCUGCUGGCAGAGGAGAAACUCCAAUGGACUACUCGUGAAAAUUCCCACAUGAACAAGGAGUACAGUUAAAACCUGGGGGAACCAACUUACAUUGCUGCUAUAUGAGGAAUAUGCUGCUUCACCACCCAGCCCUCCCAGGCAGAAAUGCUAUAUUUUGCCACUUUACAAACCAAGAGAUGCAUCUGAUUUUACAUUUAGAGGAGGAACAAACUAUCACAAGGUAGAAAAGGAUCAUUUGGUGUAGUGCCUGAGAUUAAUUCGACUCAGGAGAUCAAAAUGAUCCUCAACUCUUCUACCGAAGAUGGUAUUAAAAGAAUCCAAGAUGACUGCCCCAAAGCUGGAAGGCACAGUUACAUAUUUGUCAUGAUCCCCACGUUAUACAGUAUCAUCUUUGUGGUGGGAAUAUUUGGAAACAGCUUGGUGGUGAUUGUCAUUUACUUUUACAUGAAACUGAAGACUGUGGCCAGUGUUUUUCUUUUGAAUUUAGCACUGGCUGAUAUAUGCUUUCUGCUAACUUUGCCACUGUGGGCUGUCUACACUGCUAUGGAAUACCGCUGGCCCUUCGGCAAUUACCUGUGUAAAAUCGCUUCGGCUAGCGUCAGUUUCAACCUGUAUGCCAGUGUGUUUCUCCUCACCUGUCUCAGCAUCGAUCGCUACCUGGCUAUUGUUCACCCGAUGAAGUCACGUCUUCGACGCACAAUGCUUGUUGCCAAAGUUACUUGCAUCAUAAUUUGGCUGUUGGCUGGCUUGGCCAGUUUGCCAGUUAUUAUUCACAGAAAUGUAUUUUUCAUCGAGAACACCAACAUCACAGUUUGUGCUUUCCAUUAUGAAUCCCAAAAUUCAACCCUCCCCAUAGGCCUAGGCCUGACCAAAAAUAUACUGGGUUUCAUGUUUCCUUUUCUGAUCAUCCUUACAAGUUAUACUCUGAUUUGGAAGGCCCUAAAGAAGGCUUAUGAAAUUCAGAAGAACAAGCCAAGAAAUGAUGAUAUUUUUAAGAUAAUUAUGGCAAUUGUUCUGUUCUUUUUCUUUUCCUGGGUUCCCCACCAAAUAUUCACCUUUUUGGAUGUAUUGAUCCAGCUGGGCAUUAUACAUGACUGCAAAAUUUCAGAUAUUGUGGACACCGCCAUGCCCAUUACCAUUUGCAUAGCUUAUUUUAACAAUUGCCUUAACCCUCUUUUUUAUGGCUUUCUGGGGAAAAAAUUUAAAAAAUAUUUUCUCCAGCUUCUGAAAUACAUUCCCCCAAAGGCCAAAUCCCACUCAAACCUAUCAACAAAAAUGAGCACACUUUCUUACCGCCCCUCAGAUAAUGUAAGCUCAUCUGCCAAGAAGCCAAUGCAGUGUUUUGAGGUGGAGUGACAUGUUCAAAACCUGUCUGUAAAGUAAUCUUGUGAAGGAAGGAGCCGGAAAAACAUUCCUCGACAGUGCUUCACUACCAAAGGAGCAUUAGCUACUUUUCAGAAGUUAAGUGGACUGUAGCUACUUUCCUAAAGCUCUGAACAAAAGAUUUGCUUUCCCUUUUCAACAACAACAACACCAAUAACAAAGAGCCACAUUUUGCAUUAAAUAGUUGAUGGCUGCUCAAGAAUGUCAGAAACUGGAUGAUUGUGUCGAUUUGGAAAAUUUUACUGGCAGAAAUGGAAUCUCCCCAUUUUUCUCUUGUUCCAUUAUUUUUGACUUCCACAUAAAGGUGUUUAGAAUAUGUUAAAUCUCCAGACAAGCAACAGGAGAUCAGAGCUCAGAAUUGUUCUGCCCAGUUUCCAAUGGGAAUAAAGCUUUUGUGUCUGCUUAGCUUUUACCAACUGUGACCCCACUUGUACCUGCUUCUACGCAUUUUAUACAAAGACUCACGAAGCAGGAAUCGCUAUAUUUCAGAACCUUUUGUGAAAUUUGGCCAGAGUCCUAAAAACUCACACUGCCAAAACAUUGCCAGCAAAGUGGCUUGUUUGUAUAAUGGUGUUACUAACAUCACACAUAAAAGUUAAACUACUUGUAAAGCAGUUACUCUGUCCCAGGUCUGUCUUCCUAGUCAUAUUAAUUUUAUUUCAUAGCUGAGAAGUGUAUAUAGUUUGUGGUAAAAAGAUUAUAUAUCAUUAAUAAUGCUUUACUGUUUUUUAAAAGGCAUAUAUUCUACACAUAUAUGUGUACAUAUAUCCAUGUCUCUGAACUGUUGUUAUUUGAUUACAAUCUGGCAGUUAUAUUUACCUUGAAAUAAAGUAAUUUUAUUGUUAUGUAUCUAA